GAUAACAGUCCACCGAUUAUUCAAGAACGUGUGGGUCGUUGCCUUGUGGCUCACAAUCCUUGCACUGAUCAGGAGCCGUUGCUCGAGUCUUGCAGUGUUUCCAUACCUCGCUCAUUUUUCAAUCCUAAAACCAACAGAAAUGUUCGUUCGUUCAUCCUGACGCUGGAAGUCAGUAUUCCUCUUGUUGAAACCACGAAGAAAAAGAAACGAAAGAAAAGUGAUGCAAAGCCUGAGCAAAAACGUAAGUUUAGGAGACAACCGAAACUGAAUCGCGGUCCCCAAACGAAGUUUGGUAUCGCUUUAUGUUCGCUGCGUGAGUUUGUUAGAUUGUUACUUUGUUAGUUUGUUAGUGUGUUUGUAAAUCUGUUAAUUUGUUAGUCUGUUUGUUAGUUUGUUUGUCUGUUAGUAAGCGUGUUAGUCUGUUAUUGUGUUUGUUAGUAUGUUUAUUAUUACAUGACAAAAUUACUGGAUGUUGAUUGGUUGAGAGGAGUACAAUUAUUUCAUUAAUUGUACUGCAGUACAAUUAAUGAUUUUCCCAUGAAAAUACGAACAAAAUCACCAAAUUUUGCUUUAACAAAAGAACUAAAUGAAAAUACAAACAAAAGCACCAAAUUUUGGUUGAAGGUCUGGCGGGACUGGGCUUUGGCGAGAGAAUAUGAUGCUGACAUUGAGAAGUACGUAUCCAAUUUUGUCAUGCUAAUAAUAAACAAGUAAUCAUGCGAUGUUGCUCGUACAAUUAGGGAUUAAUGGUACUCGUGAUGUUUGGAAAUUGGCCAAAUUGGACUCGCCCCGGCGGCUCGUCCAAUUUUGGCAAAAUUUCCAAACAUCACUCGUACUAUUAAUCCCUAAUUGUACUCGCCAUCGCAUGAUUACCUAUACUUAAUUUACUUGUUGGCGAGAAGUGAACGAUUUGAUAAGGGACUAUUCGAGGAACGAAGCAGCACAGCUUUACGAAUAAUACAAAACCUAUAGUCCAAGAGAAAGCAUUACACUUAUAAGGUAAAACAAAAAAUUAGACAUACCUGUAUCAUAUAAGUAAGAGUUGCUCUUAGUUUCUGUGGAACUCCAACUUUCUCAGACGUAAACGCGAACUGGCCUUCGUUUGCAGCAUCUGCAGAAAUAAAUAUGUGACACUCAUAUUUCUUCGCUGCAGUUGAAAGAGCUCAUUAAAACAAACUCAAAACGAUUUCAGAUAAGAAAGGAUUUUUUUCUUUUAAAGGUGAUCUACAGUCCGAUCUGCGCAUGUGCACAAAUGAGCCCACUUUUUAUGAUACAAACAAUUUAACUAUGUUUUGAGUUCUUGAAAAGCCUGAUUGUUGUUUCUUGAUCAUUUAUUAUAUUCUAGAAGCUUGAAAAUAUAAAUAGUUGUCGAAUAAAGCUCAAUAUUUUGGACACACAAAUGUAAACAAAGGCUUUGUUUACAUACGGACUGUAGAUUACCUUUAAGAUAAACUUUUUAAGAUAAACUCGCCCCGGCGGCUCGUCCAAUUUUGGCAAAAUUUCCAAACAUCACUCGUACUAUUAAUCCCUAAUUGUACUCGCCAUCGCAUGAUUACCUAUACUAAGUUGUCAGUUUGUUUGUUUGUUUGUUUGUUUGUUUGUUUGUUUGUUUGUUUGUUUGUUUGUUUGUUUGUUUGUUUGUUUGUUUGUUUGUUUGUUUGUUUGUUUGUUUGUUUGUUUGUUUGUUUGUUUGUUUGUUUGUUGGUUAGUGUGUUGGUUUGUUAGUCUGUUAAUUUGUUAGUCUGUUUGUUACCCUAACACUAUUUAGGGCAACUUAAUGUUCCUGGUUAAAUUUCCUGAUUAAUUUAAUCCCAGUUCUGGUAAAUUUGAUCACUAUUGUGGUAGUAUCGUAUCACUAUCCAGGCUACAUGGUUGAAUUAACCAGAUUAUGUUAGAUGGAUUAUUAACCAUCUGAGAAUUCUUGGUCUUAUUUGUGCCAAAGCAGUAGUAUAUACAGAGUUAUACAGUAGAUAUUUUUCAAUUUAGAAAAAUCAAAUUCUUCUGAGCCGCCAAGCAAACGUCUUCGUGGUCAGCGGGUGUCUUUGAAUUCUGAAAAUGAACAGCCAGAGAAGCAAAAUCCAGAGGAUCUGGAGGCAUGUGUCCAAACCCUCGAGGAAGCGUCUGAUAAAAUGGUUUACUUUACCGAAUUAAUUAUAUUCGGCAACGAGCGAGAAUGUUUAUUGGUGGACGGCGAGUAUGAACUGGUGUUGCAUGACAAGGGAAAUGGUAAACAACGCAAGAGAAAGCAGUUGUCAUGGGAGACUGAUUAUAAUGGAAAGGUAACUUAGGCCCGCAUUACUAAUUACUUUCAGGGUUCGUACAAAACUUGAAUGUCCUUGAAUGUCCUUGUAUUUGAAAACAAAAAUUCAAGACCUCGAAUGUCCUAGCCACCUGAAAUUCCUGAAAUUUUUCUUGCUUUAGUUUUUGGAUAUUUUCUGAAAUUGUUUGCCAUUCAAAACGGACAUUUUGUUGAAUUGAUUUUGCAUGUUCAUAUCUCGCAAAGCUGUUUGAAACUCAUUAAAAUUGCUUUUUGAAAAAUGCAACGUCAGAUUUCACUGAUUUCUAACCCCUUGUCAUCAGUAUUUAGUCCUUGAAUUUUCUGAUGCAUGGCCUUGGACAAAAGAGUCUAAUUAAAAUUUUUUGAAUUGGAACACCAACAUGGCGGCUGUGACGUCAUAUACAAACACUCCAUCGAAGGGAAGAUGACUGUGAAACUCAUUAGAAUGACAAUAUACACUCAUUAUCCAUGUUAGUCAACGUUUAUUCAAUAAACAAUAAACACGUGACGGUGAAGGACCAGAUUUAUGAAUAAACGUUGACUAACAUAGAUAAUGUUAGUCAAAGUUUAGUCAUAGUUAUAUUGUUAUUCUAAUGACUUUCACAGCCAUCUUCCCUUCGAUAGGCUAUGAUCAGACAUAUAGCUUCAUUUUUUUUUUAAUUUCUUUUUGUCAAAGUUUCUGAAAUUUUGUAGGUGUAAAGGGAAUAUCUAGUAGAAGAUUAUAUAAAAAAAUUAUGGGGGAUUAUAAAUUCAGCUCUUGAGAUAUUGCGCGAAAUUUUUUCCACAAAAACUGUUCUAUAGAAUUUUUUAAAAAUUCAGUAUAUUGCAAUAAAUGACUAGUACUUUUAAAAUACAAAAUUUCAUUAAAAUUGACCGAAGGGAAAAACCUUAUUGCAUUACAAACCUUGCGCGGUCAAAUAAAGUAUUUGUUGACGUGAUAAAAUCUCAAUUCGACAAGAUCACGUUACGGCGUCAUUUGGAACGGGUUACGAUGUGCAGUGGAAACUACAAAUAAUUUAUAGAAUAGAUUCUUCAAAGAACGGAAUUAAAAACAUUGUUCCCUUCCAUUUGUUUACGUCAAUAUUUGUUUCCACCGUAGCUUGGGCCAUUCGAAUUGUUCGCUUUGGGUCCAACGUUGAAAUUCUCUCUUGCUUGGGAAGGCAAGCCUGUGUGCAUUAGACCGAGCAGUCUUCCGCUACGAGAACGACAGCUGGACUCGAAUGCCAACUUGGAGUUGAUGAGCGCCAUGUCUACGGAUGAAAAUGAUAAAGAAAGCAAGAAAAGAUUGCGGAUAUUUUAUCAAUUCAUCUAUAACAACCACACUCGGCAACAGACCGAGGCGAGAGAUGAUUGUUUAUGUCCCUGGUGUAGCGUCAACUGUGGCAAAUUGUAUAGUUUGUUGAAACAUCUCAAGUGCUGUCAUGGCCGAUUCCUUUUUACUUACGCAGUAAGUAUUGUAUUAGGGAGGUUUAGCUCACUUUAGCUGCUGCAGAGGUGGAAAAAGUAUCGGAACCUGGGAACCUAGUUCCCAGAAAUUUUUUGAGUUGAGAAUUUCGCAGAACAUUUUCCAGAGAAUAUUUCAACAUUUUUAUCUCUGUUUACUCGACUUACAACUAUUCUACUUUAUUUACACUGUACACAUGCACUAACAUCAGCAGCCUUUUAAAUAUUUGAUAGAAAUUAAUUUUGUUGCCCACUCCUGCCAUCACAAUCAUGAGGUAAAAUGGAAAAUAUAUGCUCUGCAAAGUGUCCAAUAAAAUGCAAAUUGAAUAGUGAACUUGUAAAUACAAUAUGCAAUGAAAUAGGCUUCAAGUGCCAGUGCGAUAUGCUAUUAUUAUACUGCUAUAAUACUAGUAUAAUCAUAAAAUAACAAAAAAAUGCAAAUCAGACAAAAAGUCAAGUGAUGGAAUAAAUAAGAUUAUAGGACACUUAGUUAAAAAAAAUUUCCACCCCUGAGGUGCUGUUUACAGGCCUACCCCUUGAGACAACUUUAACACACGUUUAUAUUAAAAAAAUUUGCACUGUAUCUCCUCCUACGAGAAUGGCUCUAAGUAUGAGAUUGCGACUCCUGAAACACGCACUUAUUUGUUUGAAGGCCAGGGAAUGAAAAGUUAUACAUGGAGGCCGAGACAAACUGUUUACCUGGACAAAAGUUGUCCCUCCUACAAGGGUAACCCUGUUUCGUAAACAGGGUGUCCCUACCGCCAGGGUGACCCUGCCAGCCGAGACGAGUUGAAAACCUUCCACGUAAACACUUGCGUUUAAAUGUUAUAUAAUGAAUACAAUUUUGCCUCUCCCAAAGUGGCUGUGGGGUUUGGUGUCCCUAGUACCCGGGAUCAUAUAAACAGCACCUUAGACAACGAGCACGAAUACUGUUAUGAUACGAUCAAACAAGUCACACAAUGUUAAAUAAAAGUAUUUUGUAUAAUAGAAGACACCUUUUAAGCAAGGCCAAGAAUCAACAAUAAAGAUUUACAAGUUAACACAAUCCCAAGCAAAACAAUCCCUUAUAUAUGUUGGGGUGCCCCAAACCAUUUCCAGGGCCCGCUGAUCUAUAUUUCACUUAAAUGUCUGAACCGUCAAUAUUAUAACAAAUACGAAUUAUAAUAUAUUUAUUUUGUAGCCACACAGUAAAGGAGCUCGUAUUGAUGUGUGUUUGAAUGACAACUACGAUGGUUCCUAUGUCGGUG